AUGACGAUCCCUCUCCAAACAAUAACCUCCUUCCGCACAACCUUCAACCCCUUCUCCGCCGCCUCGCGGCCCUGCCGUCUCCUCCUCUCCAUCCUCCGCAAUCCCUCCACAGUCCCCCCGUCCAGCCCAACACACAUUGACAUCAAGGUCACGCAGCUGCCACGAAACUCGACGAAGGCGCCGGAGCUCACGGUGGGCUUCAAGGGCGGCAAGGAGGUCAAGAUCGAUUUCGGGAAACAGCAGAUGAAGAUUGGCGAUGUUGUUGAGGAGAUUGCGCGCAUUGGGAGAGUCAUUGAGCGCGAGGAGAGUCUGAAGGGUUAA